CCUAGGGGUUGCUGGGUAACGUCCGGCGGCUGAGGCUGUGGCGGCCGAGUCCCGGCUCCGACUGCGGCGAAGGGUGGCCUGAGCCGUCCUGCCCUGUCUUGCCCUGUGACGGGGAUCUUGGGCGAACAUGGCGGUGCUGGCGCGGGUCCUGCCGGGACUUCUCCUCAUAGCACAGGUGACCUGUGAGUAUGGAAUGGUUCAUGUGAUCGCUGAGCCAGGAAUUGGCAAAGAAAAAGACUACUGUAUCCUGUAUAAUUCCCAAUGGGCCCACUUGCCACCUGGCCUUGGCAAAGCAUCUUUGUUACAGCUUCAAGACCAAACAACAUCUGUUUUAUGUUCUCAAUCUGAUGUCCCCAGUGGGGGAUUUAACAACCGAAUCCCUAUGGUGUUGCGUGGAAACUGCACCUUCUAUGAGAAAGUGAAACUGGCCCAGAUGAAUGGGGCACGGGGCCUGCUAGUAGUUAGCAGAGAAAAACUGGUCCCUCCAGGAGGCAACAAGACUCAAUACGAUGAGAUUGGUAUUCCUGUGGCCCUCCUCAGCUAUAGAGACAUGCUUGACAUUUGCAAGACUUUUGGUCAGUCAGUGAGAGUGGCAAUGUACGCCCCCAAGGAGCCUGUCCUUGAUUACAACAUGGUCAUCAUCUUCAUCAUGGCUGUGGGGACAGUUGCAGUUGGAGGCUACUGGGCAGGAAGCCAGGACGUGAAGAAGAGGUCCAUGAAGCACAAGCGUGAUGAUGGGGCAGAAAAACAUGAUGAUGAGACAGUGGAUGUGACUCCCAUAAUGAUUGGGGUGUUUGUGGUGAUGUGCUGUUCCAUGUUGGUCUUGCUAUAUUACUUCUAUGAUCACCUUGUGUACAUGAUUAUAACCGUAUUCUGCUUGGCAUCAUCCACUAGCCUCUAUAGCUGUCUUUCUCCUUGUGUAAAAAGACUCCCAUUUGGAAAAUGCAGGAUUCCAGACAACAAUUUACCAUAUUUUCACAAGCGCCCACGGGUUCGGAUGUUGCUCCUAGCGAUGUUUUGCACUGCAGUCAGUAUAAUUUGGGGAAUCUUCCGAAAUGAAGAUCAGUGGGCCUGGGUCCUUCAAGAUGCUCUGGGAAUUGCCUUCUGCCUUUACAUGUUAAAAACCAUUCGCCUGCCAACUUUCAAGGCUUGUACUUUGCUUCUGUUAGUGCUUUUCAUCUAUGAUGUAUUUUUCGUAUUCAUCACACCCUUUCUGACAAAGAGUGGGAACAGCAUAAUGGUGGAAGUGGCUGCUGGCCCUUCGGAUUCUACCACUCACGAAAAGCUCCCCAUGGUGCUGAAGGUCCCAAGAUUAAACUCUUCACCAUUAGCACUCUGUGACAGGCCAUUUUCUCUCUUAGGCUUUGGAGAUAUCUUAGUGCCAGGGUUAUUGGUAGCAUAUUGCCACCGAUUUGACAUCCAGGUGCAGUCCUCUAGAGUCUACUUUGUGGCCUGUACCAUAGCCUAUGGCAUUGGCCUUCUGAUCACCUUUGUGGCUUUGGCAUGGAUGCAGAGGGGCCAGCCAGCUCUCCUCUACCUAGUGCCCUGUACAGUGAUCACAAGCUUUGUGAUAGCUUUAUGGCGCAAGGAGCUGAGAAUGUUCUGGACAGGCAGCGGCUUUGCGAAGGACCUGCCUCAGCCUUCCUGGGUGAUGGCUUCAUCUGAAUGUCCCCAACCCCUAAAAGAUUCAAAUGCUUCCCCUUCUCAACAGGAGCCAAACAAAGAAUUGAUCAACCCCACCCUCCAAGCUGACCAGCUCUCUGAUACACCCACAUCCUUGGAGAAAACAGCAAGUGCCAGUGAACCUCUGAGCUCUGCCCCUCCUGUUUCAGAACCAGCCGAUCAAGAUAAGGACCAGCCUCAUCAAGAGAUUGGAGAGGCCCAUCAGACUAGAUGAGGAGAAUGGAGAUAGGAAUUGUGGCACCUGCUACAUGGCCCCCAGUGCCCAUGGACUGGUUCUAACUUUCACUAAAGAGCCCCACAGCAUCAUUCCUCCUACAAUUGCUGAUAUUUGUUAGGUCCCCCUUCCCCUCUUUCUGAAAUAUGGUGCUCUCAUUCCCUUCUGAUGCCCAUUUCAGGGAGAACUUGAAUAGGUUUCUCUUCCUCCACUCCUGCCUUCCUUCUCAUGCCCGCCUUGUAUUAAGGGGUUUUAUUUAUGCAUUGCCCUGUGCUUGCGUAACUGCUGUGUUUCUCUAGCCUGACUGAGGUAAAUCUUGACAGGGAAGCAUCGGACAGUUUAGCUAACAUGAAAAGCUGGGAGAAGUCAUUGUUAGCACUUUCUCUUAGCCAGCAGUUAACAUUUGAUUUUUCUCUUUAUGAUAUCUUAAUUACAAAUGAAUGAUUUAGUGUAAUCAGAUGUUUAAGAAGCAAGAAAUGGUCCAUCAUUUCACCUCCUUUUGAAAGGAUAAGCAUUUCUAUCCUGGUGCAGGAAGUACGUCAUGAUUCUCUAGGGUCCCGUUCCACCCCCACCCUCUCUUUCCCUGUUUAAAAGAUGGUCUGGUCAAAGACUUCAUAAAGUAGAACGCUGUUCUAGGUAAACAUUCACUGAGUAGACUACCUCUUGUCCAUCAUAGUAAGUAUGUUAAAUUCUUUGUUACUCAGAAGAUAUUAAAACAAGAUCACCACAUGCUAGUGUCCAGGUAAUUAGGAAAAGGACUAUGAUUAUAUAUAAAUGAAGGAGAGAGUGGUACAGGAAUUUGGAGGAGCUGGUUGAAACAGGAAGUCUGUGUGACUUGUGUUAAAGAAGAAGGUAUUGCUGUGUUUAAUCGAUUGUGUCUUAUGAACUUGGCUAGAAGAGUAAGUGGGAGAACAUGUUCAGAAACCUGGAUCUUUAGUCCUAACUCUUAAAUAUGCCUAGUCUGUUUUCCUGAAAAUGAUUGGCUACCCCCACCCCACCCCCUGCUGUUGAGAUCCAGGUUCUUGCAGGCAAUGUUCCCUGUUUCUCUAAGUCACUUAAGAGGCUAAUUCAUUAGAAUUAAAGCAGUACUGCCUCUGGAGAUUUGGCAUCUCUUUGGGACUGUGUUUCAGAACUUAAAAGUUGAAGAGAAGCUAUAAUCUCACUUUAUAUAAAAUAAAAUACGGCUUUUGGCUUUCUAGUACAUUGGUUAGGCUGAGUUCUGGGGGUUAGCAUGAAGUCCCCUAACUCAUUAAACUUCAAUUCCAGUAACCUUUUUUCUACCAUUGGAAAGUUACUGAGGUUGUAGGCCUGUGGUUCUGUCUCCCCUUUGUCCUUGAAAGGGGAUUUGGGUGAGGACAUUGCUCUUUGCUGUCAUUUCCUUUAUUUGUGGCAACUGGCUACAGCUGUUGCUGAGCAGACCAGUGUGGUGGGUAAAUGUCUUCAGCCUCUUUAGCAGAUGAGGCAUCUCAGUAUUUGUUUACUUUUUUUAGGCAUAAGAUCCAUUUUGUUUUGAACAGAGAAACCAGGGGCUUUAAAUUUUAUUUUUAAAACUCAAGUAUUCCUGUUUUUAAACACUAUACAUUCCAGUCCAUAAAAGUUACCUAAGUCCUACACCUUGCAGUAGUAAGGAAUACAUUUAAAAUCUAGCUGAGGAAUUUUUGCAAUAUAUGGGAAUAUUCUGGAAUGGUAUUCUGUGUUCUACCUCACUGAUAGGGUUCUCACAACACACACACACACACACACACACACACACACAAGCAAGCAAGCAAGAAAAGUCUAGCGCCAAAUGGCAUUUGUGGAGAGGCACUGGUGACUGGUUCCGUUACACCAUGGCCACUAUGGCUGAAGGGCAAGGUUGCCCAUCUUACUUCCAUACCUAUCUUUUCCACCCUCUUUUCCCCUGAAACAAGUGGAGUGUUGUCCCUUUUAUAUAGUUAGAAGACUCCUGAUGUGUAAAGGUGAGUGGUUCCUACCCCUGUCUCCCUAGACCACGGGAAGCCCUGAUGAUGCCAUUCCCUGCCCCCUCCUAAGUCACAGCAAGGUAGCUAAAAGACAUAUGCUCUAAAACAAAGCCCCAAAGGGCUCUUCAGGAAGAUUGGAGCCCUUCAGGUACUCCUUUAUUUCUAAAAGGUUUCACAUUUUAACCCACCACCUUCCCUGAAGCAUCAAAGUGUUCCCUCAGCUGUGCUUGGGCUCAGAAGGUGGAGUUAGAAUGUCUUUGUACAUCAGGGUUUGGAGUUCUCUCCAGCCCAAAUGCCUGAUCAGAUGAAGUGUCACUUGGGGCUAUCUUGGCAACCUUAUACUUGACUACUCUUCUAAUCUUGUCUUCAGCCUUCUAGGCAGCCUUUUCAAAUUUGAGCUUUGAAUAACUUUCCAGUUAAUGGAUAAUGAAUGACAGGCAGUCAAACACUUAUUUUUCAUUCAACCAGUCUUAAGACUAGGACUUUUCAACAUUAUAGUUACUGUUUAGGGCUCUGCCUUUCAGGUAUACCUCCUCAUUGUCUCAUUCUUGGCCAAGCUUCCCAGAAUAUCAGAGGCUUUGGGUAAAAUCAUAAACUUCCGAAAAAAAUACCAGCAUUGAGGAUUUAUGAACAGCCUUAGUUCUCUGGGGAGGAGGGAUGGAUUUUCUAGUUCAAGGAAGAAAAAACUGUCUCCAAAGUCCUUCAACCUGUUUGUGCAUUUCUCUUGGGUUAAAAUGAACUGAUAACAACCUGGGAACAGUACCAAAUGGACCUUUCCCUCCUUGUGUUCCUGUCCUUUUGUGAGUAUGUUGCCAUGUGAACAUGAUGCAAGUGAGCUCCUGUGCCAGGGAGAGACCUGAGUUGGAACCUGCUUCAGCCAAUUGGACUAUGCCUUAAUUUAAGCCAUUUUAUACUUGUGUAUGGUAAAUGUGGGUUUGGUUGGGGUUUUUUUUUGUAUUAGAAAAAUGUCAAGAAAUUCAAAGGCAGAUGUUCCUAAAGUUUGCGUUUCAUAUUUUUUUGCCUUGCUUCUGUUAACCUUAUCAUUAAACAUAGUUUUUGAUAUUUAAAA